AUGUUGAGCCAUACUCUAGAAGGUGGCUUUUACUCCACCUUGAAAAAAAUUCACUCGGUGGUGGUGGUUGAACAGCAUCAUUGCGCUCCCCACUCACACUCCUUCCAUCUCCUCCUUCCUCUUUUCAAGCUAUUGCUUGGCAGUGGGGUCGGGACAGUUCGUCUUUAUGACACAGAAGCGAAGAAGAAUCUCUGUGAAAUCAGCAUCGAUGAAGACAUGCCCAGGAUCCUCUCACUUGCCUGCAGCCCAAGUGGUGCCUCCUUUGUCUGUUCUGCAGCAGCCCAGAGCCCCAUCUCCCACGUGGACUUCUCAGCAGUCAGCUCUGGGGGCAAAAGCAUGAACCAAGUUCCUGGGAAGCUGCUACUGUGGGACACUAAAACAAUGAAGCAGCAGCUGCAGUUCUCCCUGGAGCCUGAGCCCAUUGCUAUUAACUGCACAGCCUUCAAUCACAACGGCAACCUGCUGGUCACCGGGGCUGCAGAUGGGAUUGUUCGUCUCUUUGAUAUGCAGCAGCACGAGUGCGCCAUGAGCUGGAAGGCACACGAUGGGGAAGUCUACUCCGUUGAGUUCAGCUAUGAUGAGAACACAGUCUACAGCAUAGGCGAGGAUGGCAAGUUUAUUCAGUGGAAUAUUCACAAAAGUGGCUUGAAGGUGUCUGAGUAUGAUCUUCCCAGUGAAGCUACAGGUCCUUUUGUUCUGUCUGGAUACAGUGGCUACAAGCAAGUUCAGUUCCCACGAGGAAGGCUUUUUGCUUUUGACUCUGAGGGAAACUACAUGUUGACAUGUUCUUCCACAGGGGGAGUAAUUUUUAAGUUAAAUGGUGAGGACAAAGUUCUGGAGAGCUGCCUUUCCCUGGGAGGACACCGAGCUCCCGUUGUCACAGUGGAUUGGAGCACGGCUAUGGACUGUGGGACCUGCCUCACUGCCUCGAUGGAUGGGAAGAUUAAAUUAACCACCUUACUGGCUCAAAAGUCUUAACCUGGACAGUAGUGAAGGGAAAGAUCAACAGACUCGACAAAACCAGUGUUAACUCCACAGGAACAAACUGCAUGGGAGAGAAGGCAAACCACAAUCAUCGUAGCUUUUGCCUCUUGACAAACGUUAAAAACAUUUGCCAAACCACUGUGCAAUAGAAUGCCGGUAUGGGACCAGAUCAGUGGCAGCACUGAAAAAUAAGUCUUCGCUGACCCAUUGUGGCAGCUGGACUUCAUCUGUUAGGGAGUCUUGAGUAGCACGUGGCUACAAGGCUGCUGGGAUCAUGUCAGGGGUUCUGCAGAAGGUGGUGAGGCUGGAAGAGGCGUGUAUGAGGCAGCACAGUGCAUGAUGAUAAGAUGGCUCAAACUGGAAAGGCCAGUGUGAAACUAGAGUAUCCUUUCAGUAUAGCAUUUAUUGUUGUGUUUGGAGGGGAGGGGGGGC